AUGAAUUCAAGAGAAUUAUAACUCCAUUUCGAUUUACAAGCCCUUGAUGAUUCAAUUAACUAGACUGACAAAGCUGCAGAAAAACCCAAUAAUCCAAAAUAAAUUGAAGUUUAAGAUAAAUACUCAAAAUAAAGUCUAGUUUCUGAACUCGAGAAUUCCCCAACACCCAAACAGACCAAGCAUCAACAACAGACUAAAAUAUAUUCCAAUGACAAGGACAAACUCUAUUUUCAAAGAAACGACGAGAAAACUAAUGCAGCAUUUGGAAGUGCAGAAAUGCAACAAAGAAUUUAAUUGGCUGAGGAGCUUAAGAAAAAGGGUAAUUAUUAUUAUGCUGACAAAAACUUUGAAGAAGCUAUAUCUCAAUAUACUGAAGCACUUGAAUUGGUCCAAGACAGUGCUGUCUUAUUGCUCAAUAGAGCUAUUGCAUACAUUAAAAUUUACAAAUUCCAACAAGCUAUUGUGGAUUGCUCUAAAUUCCUAGAGAUUGCCCAGAAUAAAGAAGAAAGAUUUACUCAAAGCAUCGAUAGUUUUUUCAAAGCCCAUUUAAGAAGAGCUCUCGCUUAUUAUAAAACUGGGCAACUUUAAAAGGCUUUACAGGAUGUUGAGUAAGCUAUACAGAUUGAUCCUAAUGAUAAGGAAGCUCAAAGGCUGAAAGAUGAUGUCAAACACUAUCUCAAUAUUGAAUUUAUGGAUAAACAAAAUAAAACAGAUUCUAAAGAAUGCUCAGAUGAACCAACUGAAGUUAGUCUAGAGGCAUAAUAAAUUAGUCAAAGGGAGAACAGUUUGGGAAUUCAGGUUGCUAAUUCUGGGAGAAGUAGUGAAUGUGUUUAGACUUCGAUGAAAUGUAAGUUUUAAUAAAAUUAUUUAAAUUAUAAGGAUGUGAUUGAUGGUUUUCUUAUUCAAAAUUAGAAUUAUGAUUUGUAUUAGGUUUUGAAAGUGAUGAUGGAAUACACAGAUGAGUCGGCUGCUUAUUUUUAUGAUAAAAGAGGGAUUGAAACUUUGAUUUAAAUUAUUAAGGCGGAUGAAGAAUUUCUUCAUGAUCAAUUCAACUUUAUGGCUAGUUUGCCUGCUUUGAUUUUGUAAUCUUAUUAAGAAUAAAAUUAAUUAUAUCAAGAAUAAUUCAUUUUACAAUAUAAUGGUGUUGACAUUAUAAUUUAAAAGAUUAUUAAAUUACUCAACAAAGCCAAAUAAAAGAAAAAAUCAGCCAUAUUUGAUUGUAUUCGAGAUUAUAUUGAAGCAAUAAAUAUAAUGAAUGAGGAGAAAACUCGAAUUCUCAUUUAAUCUAGUCCUCACAUCAUCACAACUCUCUAUCCUGAGAUAUUUGUCAGAAUUUUAAGUUUGUCUGAAACAGAACCUGAAUUGGUUUCGUCAUUUUUGAGUCUGUGUGCAAAUCUGUGCUAUGAUUAGAGUAGUUUCCUUCGUUAAAUCUUUUUAAAUCAUCUGGAUCAAAUAGUUGAUUAGAUUUCUCAGAUUUACUAAAAUGUAGAACUCUCCAUAUAGUCAUGCGACAUGUAUGUGCAGAUAUUGAACCUACUAUCAAAUUUAUUGAUUGAAGAUCAAUUUAGAAAGAAAUUCUUAGAUUAAACCUUCAAUAAAGAAUUCUAUAUCCAAUACUUCAGAUUGUUAAAGUAACUUCAAAUUAACUUAGACCCUAAUUAUGACGAAUUAAUUUCUAUAGCUCUUGGCUUUUUGAUUAAUUUGUUUCACCAAUUGAAUGCAAUUUAAUCCGAAUAAUUGAUCCUAGAAUUGAAAUAGUUACCAAAGAUUUUGGAAGCCUUUUCAUCAUCUAGAAAUUCUCUUAUUUUAGAAAGGGUCGAAAUAGUGCAAGCAUCCUUAAACCUAUAAAAAGAACCCUCCAUUAUUAAUCUAAAAUUCAAAGUAAUUGGACCAAUGAAAAAUGGUUAUAAUUUUCAUUGA